UGACAAGAGAGAGCGGGGACCUCUCGAUUUCGUGUCAAGAGAAUCUCUUUCUCUCUCUAAAGUUUCUCUCUCCUCUCCGUUCUUUCUCUCUCUUCUUUGCAUUCUCUCUCUCUCUUGCCGCUGUUUCGCGGCAAGAGUAGGCGGUUUUGCGGCAAGAGUUGGCGGUUUCCCUGUGAUUUUUAAGGGAGAACGGCGGUUCUCCGGCGACAUAGUGGUUUGGUCUUGUGGGUUUAUUCAGUUUUUAGGUAGGAAGCGGCUGCACAGAAAAAAUACAUGAAGAGGAAAGCAAGAUGGUUAUGACAGUGAUUUCGCCGAGGAGAUCGAUAACGGAAAAGGUGCUUCAAAGCCUCUCUCUUUCUCCUCGUAGUAGUAGCAGGUGCUCAUAUGGCGUGCUCGAAGAAGAGAGAGGAACGGAGCUCACGCAGCUGGGAGCCGAACGAACGAAGACUGUUCUCAUUCUAAUGAGUGACACAGGCGGUGGCCAUCGAGCUUCAGCUGAGGCCAUUCGAGAUGCCUUCUAUCAUGAAUAUGGAGAUGAUUACAGAGUCCUCGUAAAGGAUGUGUGGAAAGAACAUACAGGUUGGCCUCUGAAUGAUAUGGAGAGGUCUUAUAAGUUCAUGGUGAAGCAUGUACAGCUAUGGAAGGUUGCCUUUCAUGGAACCUCCCCAAGUUGGGUCCACUGUGUUUAUCUUGCAGCUCUAGCAGCAUAUUAUGCAAAAAAGGUGGAGGCUGGUCUAAUGAAGUACAAGCCUGAUAUAAUCAUAAGUGUUCACCCUCUCAUGCAGCAUAUUCCCCUUUGGGUGCUCAAAUGGCAGGAACUCCAUAAGAAAGUAGUUUUUGUCACAGUCAUUACAGAUCUCAACACCUGCCACCCUACAUGGUUCAACACAAGUGUGACCAGAUGCUACUGCCCUUCAGAGGAGGUGGCCAAGAGGGCAUUGCUCAAAGGCCUUGAGUCCGAUCAGGUCCGAGUCUUCGGCCUCCCCAUUCGCCCUUCUUUCUGCAGGCCCCUCCUCUCCAAGGAAGAGUUGAGAGAGGAGUUGGAGAUGGACAUGGCUUUGCCUGCUGUUUUGCUCAUGGGAGGGGGAGAAGGGAUGGGCCCUGUUAAGAAAACAGCAAAAGCUCUUGGAGAUGCUCUCUUUGAUCAAUCUCUCUCUAGACCCAUUGGCCAAAUUGUCAUAAUAUGUGGUCGAAACCAGAUGCUUGCUUCUGCUUUACAAGCAUUUGAAUGGAAAGUGCCUGUGAAGAUAAGGGGGUUUGAGACCCAAAUGGAGAAAUGGAUGGGAGCUUGUGAUUGCAUAAUAACAAAGGCAGGGCCAGGUACAAUUGCUGAGGCUCUCGUAAGAGGACUCCCUAUUAUCCUCAACGAUUUCAUUCCUGGACAGGAAGUCGGCAAUGUGCCCUACGUUGUCGAGAACGGCGCUGGGGUGUUCUCAAAGAGUCCCAAGGACACCGCCAACACUGUUGGAGAGUGGUUCGGGCCCAAGGUGGAGGAGCUAAUGCAGAUGUCUGAGUGCGCACGGCGCUUGGCGCAGCCAGAUGCCGUGUUCAACAUCGUGCGAGACAUCGAUGACUUGGCACGCAAACGUGGGCCCAUGUCAUCGCUUACGUACUCUUCUAUGACCUCCUCAUUCGCUUCUAUCCCCAUUUAGGGGGCUCGCACUCUCAUUCUCAUCCCCUCCUCUCAUUUGAUCACCAUUAGGCCCUCAGCUUCGCUGGUUAACCGGCACUGUGUGCAUAAUUGGCACGUGUGACAUGUAAAGUAAGAGUGUAAUUCUUUUCAUUUAGAGUCAUUUGCAAUAAAAUUUAAUUUUUUUUCGAAA